UUCAUACGCUCCUUAAUUUAUAUGAAAAUAGCCGUUACAAAGACUAAGUCCAUCAACGGCUGGCGUUUCUCCAUUUUGAAUCCAAACGAAAACCCUAGCCCCAAUUUUUCAAAAUUUAAACUCAACUCUUCAGUUUAGCUCUCUCUCUCUCUCUCUCUCUCUCUCUCUCUCUCUCUCUCUAAUUUCUUUUAUUUCUCGAAAAUUCUCGCUCUUAAUAUUGCUCAAUCUCCCAAUUACUCUUCUUAAAUCGUUUAAUUUUCCAUUUAGUCAUUCUUUUCUAACAAUCGAAUUCUUGUUUUUCUGUAAUCAAAUGGCUGAAAUGGGUUCGGAGAGUUGCGAUCUGAUCGGUUUUGAUAAAGAUCCAACGGUGGAGAAUGAAACAUUGUCUUGCCCGAACUCUCACACUGAACUUUUAGAAGAGAAUAUCGACUCCAUGGAUGAAGAUACUAUGGCCAGCAUGAACCAAGAAAUAUCUCCAGCUCAGGGGCCAACUCUUCCGAUAUUACAGAAAGUUAUUAAUUUGAGUAACAGUCUUCAGAAUUUAAAGACAGAGCAUGAAAUUCUGUCCAAUCAAGUGAAGUCUUUUCCUGCUCAUGACAUUGUAGGAACUCUUCAGCUGCUCAAUAAUGAGUAUGAACUUCUGAAGAAGAAAUACCUCGAUGAGUCAUCGGAAAGGAAGCGCCUUUACAAUGAAGUGAUUGAGCUUAAAGGAAACAUCAGGGUCUUCUGCAGAUGCAGACCUCUAAACCAAGUUGAAAUCUCGAAUGGGUCCUCUUCUGUAGUUGAAUUUGACUCGUCUCAGGAUGCUGAGCUACAGAUAAUUUCUUCCGAUUAUUCCAAGAAACAGUUCAAGUUUGAUCAUGUAUUUGGGCCUGAGGAUGGUCAAGACGUUGUAUUUGCACAAACCAAACCAAUUGUCACUUCUGUAUUGGAUGGUUUUAAUGUUUGCAUAUUUGCGUAUGGACAAACUGGAACCGGGAAGACAUUUACUAUGGAGGGAACACCAGAAAAUAGAGGAGUUAAUUACAGGACAUUGGAGGAGUUGUUUCGAGUUCCUGGAGAGAGAGGUGGUGUAAUGAAAUAUGAACUAUUUGUCAGCAUGAUGGAGGUCUACAACGAAAAGAUAAGGGACCUGCUAGGAGAAAAUUCCAACCAGCAUACUAAAAGGUUGGAUAUCAAGCAAACAGCAGAUGGGAUACAAGAAGUUCCAGGACUCGUCGAAGCUAGUGUUUACAGUACAGAGGAAGUUUGGGAGCUACUAAAGUCUGGAAACCGGGUCAGAUCAGUUGGAGCUACCAACGCCAAUGAAAUGAGCAGUCGUUCUCACUGCUUGUUGCGUGUCAAUGUAAGGGGAACAAAUUUGAUAAAUGGUCAAAAGACUAGGAGUCACCUAUGGCUGGUAGAUUUGGCUGGCAGUGAACGCUUUGGAAAGAUUGAAGUUGAAGGUGAAAGACUAAAGGAAUCACAGUUCAUAAAUAAAUCUCUCUCAGCGCUUGGUGAUGUAAUUUCCGCCCUUGCAUCCAAAACGUCCUAUAUUCCUUACAGGAACUCAAAGCUCACACACAUGUUACAAAGCUCUCUAGGAGGAGAUUGUAAGACUGUGAUGUUUGUACAGAUCAGCCCAUCUAAUGCGGACCUCGGGGAGACACUCUGUUCAUUGAAUUUUGCUAGCAGAGUUAGGGGGAUUGAAAGUGGUCCUGCCCUCAAACAGGUGGAUCUUACUGAGCUGUACAAGUAUAAGCAACUGGCAGAAAAGUUGAAACAUGAUGAUAAGGAAACAAAGAAGUUGCAGGAUAAUGUGCAAUCCUUGCAGCUGAGACUUUCUGCGAGAGAACAUAUAUGCAAAAGUCUCCAAGAAAAGGUUCGUGACCUAGAAAAUCAGCUAGCUGAGGAACGGAAAACUCGAUUAAAGCAGGAAACCAGAGCUUUUGCUGCUUCUGCUUCUACUAGACCCCCUCUUAAACAAGCAGCGGAGAAGACCAAAACGGAUAAAAAGCCGCCACUUGGUCCAUCAAAAGUGAGGUUACCACUGCGAAGAAUCACCAACUUCAUACCCCCAGCAACACCUUUGGCCACCACCAACAGAAAGAUAUCUAGAAUAUCGAUGGUAGCAUCCUCUAAUGACAAAGAAAACAACUCUGAAACCGUGAUGGCACCAAAAACAAACAGAGAAAACCUUCUAAAACCGAGACGUUCUUCCAUUGCUGUCAAACCUCAAACAGCCAAUGCUCAAGUCCUUCAGCCUAAAAGGCGAGUAUCCAUCGUUGCCAUCCGGCCUGAUUCGCACAUGACCACACCACUCCGGAGGUCUACUUCCGGUUUCAACAAUGGUACAACGGACAGACCGUCGUUAGCACGGGAUGCCAGGAAGGCAAGAUAUUCGAGAUUUUUCUCUCCAUUGCCAGAGUUUAGGAAACCAUCAUCACCUGCAGCCAUGAGAAGUAGUAGCAAAUUCAUGGGGAGCCCUCCAGGCGCGCAGGCAGGUUCAUGGAAGCCGAGGCAUCCGACCGUCGUUGCUUUGCAACGGAAAUCGUUGGUAUGGAGUCCACUCAAGUUAAAAGGAAUGCAAAGUAGUUACCGGAAGUCGUCGUUUUUGCCUUUACGACCUUCAUCCGAGAGGGAAUGAAAGUUCUCUAAUUCGAUUCUCUUUUGCACCCUACUAUUAACAGAACCAAAAGUGAACAUGCUGUACUUUCUGUACAAACCGUGUUCCAUUCUAUCUUGUGUGAUUUCUAGGCUAAACAUACUCCAAGAAGUGUAUACAUUG